GGUGUGUGGCUUACGCUGCCCGGCGAUCGCGGCGCUGCCCCCCCCGACUGUAGCCGUAUCGCGGUCGCCAUGGCGCUGAGCGGCCGCUGCGCGAUGCUCCCCCCGGCCCCACGCCCCGCGACCCGCCGGGCCCGCGGCCCCCGAGCCUUCGUCAGCUGCAGCCGCCUUCGAAACAUUCAGAGCAUUCUGACACAGAGCAGCAAAUCUCAGCCUGAUGGAAUCCUUUGCAUUUUAGGAAUAGAUAGUCGAUACAAUGAAGGUUGCAGGGAACUGGCAAACUACCUGCUAUUUGGCUUGUAUAACCAGAAUAACAACGACUUUGAAAGAACUGGGUUUCCUGAAGAAGUUCUUGAUGAUAUAAUCAUACUAAUAAAACCCGACAGCGUCCAUCUGUACUGCAAUCCUGUGAAUUAUAAUCAUCUUUUGCCAUAUGUGGCGCACUGGAGGAACCUGCAUUUUCACUGUCUAACUGAAAAUGAGUAUGAAGAUGAAGAAGCUGCAGAAGAAUUCAAAAUUUCCAGCUUUGUAGACAUGGUUCGUGAUUGCAGUCGCAUUGGUAUUCCGUACAGCUGCCAAGGUCAUCUACAGAUAUUUGAUAUGUUCAUUGUUGAAAAGUGGCCAAUAGUGCAGGCGUUUGCGCUGGAAGGAAUUGGGGGCGACGGCUUCUUUACAAUGAAAUAUGAAUUAAUGGACGUCAGUGUUGAUUUGUGGAAGACGUACAGCAAAAUGGAUCCCGUUUCCCUGGAGGAUUUGCUCUUUGAGGAUUUAAUGAUUUUUGAACACCAAUGGACCAACUUUUUUGCUACUUUUGAUACUGAAAUUCCCUUCAUUCUGGAACUAUCGGAAUCUCAGGCGGGGGAGCCUUUCAGAAGCUAUUUCAGUCACGGGAUGAUCUCAAGCCAUAUAACAGAUAACAGUCCCAGCCGGCAGCCCUUCGUUCUGUUUGGUAGCCACUCGACUAAGGAAAACUUGAACUCUGCUAACUUCAAUUUUCCAUCAGAAGGACAUCUUGUGCGAAACACUGGCCUUGGAGGAAGCACUGCUAAGCACAUGGUAGUGCAGUGUGUGUCUCCAAAGGGACCUCUGGCUUGUUCAAGGACCUAUUUUUUUGGAACCACUCACAUUCCUUUCCUGGGUAAUGACAAGGAGAUGCCCAAGCAAGCUGAACAAGUUACGCUGUUGUCGCAAAUAUAUACUGCUGUUGUAGAGGCUGUGCUUGCUGGCAUUGAGUGCUAUGCUAAAACUUCCACUGAAUCCAAGGCAAAGGACGUAGCAGAGGAGGUGUUUAUGUCUGUGUUGGAUAACCUUCAUUUAACACAGCUUAAAACUGUAUUACGCUCCAAAAUCACCUUUCAAAUUCAGGCUGUGAAUAACCAUGGAAGGAUUACUCCAUUAGAUAGCGAGGAUAGCCUGCGUUUGAUUAAAACAGCGUCUAUGAUGGUAUUUGACAUUCCAGACGUGCUCACAGGAAAAGGAUGCUUGGGAUCUGUUGUCUUUUCAGAGUCCUUUCUAACAUCACGGAUACAAGUGAAAGAAAAAGAUGGCAGCAUGAAUUCAGAAACCAGCCACAUCGUACUGACUGCAGCCAUCCCGAGAUACACUUCUUGGCUGGUUGAAGAUAGUGAUGUGAAACUGUCUGAAAAGGCACAGCGGAUAUUGAAGGAAGACAAAUCUUUUCUGGGCACUUUACUCACUGGAGGUGAUGGGGCUUAUAUUUGUUCUAGCAAUCCACAGGCCACGCUGGCAGAAGGCAAAUUGUACUUCUUUUCAGAUGGCAUUCUCUUUUCUGAUCCUCACUGUGGCAGCAUUUCCAUUUCAAAGAACCAUAUGAGUUCCAUUUCUUUCUAUGAUGGGGAUUCAAACACUAUUGUUGCUGUUCUCUUCAUAGACUUCAAAAGUUCCUUGCUUGCUCAUCUACCAAUUGAAUUCCAUUCCCAAGACAACUUUUUGAUGAUUGCACUUUUCCCCAAAACAAAGAUUUAUAAAGCUUUUUAUUCACAGGUUUUUUCUUCGUGGCAAAACCAGACAAACUCAGGAUUAUCUUUAAGGGUUGUCCGGGAAGAAUUCCUGUCUGUGGAACAGAAGAGACUGCAUUCCCGUGUUCAGAAGCUGUUUAAUGUCAUAUCUUCUCCUUCUGGGGAAAGAUGCAGAGAGCUGAAAAUAGCUGCUGCCCUUCCAGAGUUAGAGAGGUUUGUGCAACAUUUCACCGUCAGCUGCAUCAGUCAUGAGCCGGUAAUGAGAGCACAUCUUCCUAUUUUAUUGCAACAGUCAGAAAUCAUUCCUGAAAACAAACCAGAAAGCGAUAAGGUGGUUAUCACCAUUAUAACCGGCCUUCCAGGAUGUCGCUGCAGUGAUCUGUGUGCUUUUCUUGUCACUUUUAACAAGGAGCGUGGAAGGUGGUUAGUUUAUCGACAAACUAUGGAUAGUCCUGAAUGUUUCAGUGCAGCUCACUUCCAGCGUUACCUCUCCAGUGUCCUGGAGGUUCAGCAAAACCACAGUAUCCGUCAGUCAGUUUACGCUAAAAAGAACAAGCGUCUCUUGGUGGUCUUGCAAGGAUAUACUGAUGUUAUUGAUGUUGUGCAGGCCCUGCAAACUCAUCCUGACCCAGAUGUGAAGUCUUCUUUCAUCAUCGGGGCAGUUAAUACUUGCGUAGAGCCACUGAGUUGCUAUAUGGAACACAGGCUGCUUUUUCCCAAGUUCUUGGACCAGUGUUCACAAGGACUAGUGAGUAACGUGAUUUUCACAAGUCACGCUACGGAGCAGAAGCAUCCACUCCUUAUGCAACUGCAGAGCCUCAUCCGAGCAGCAAAUCGUUCCGUUUCAUUCAUCUUGGCAGAAAACGGAGUUGUAACCAGGAACGAGGAUAUUGAGUUAAUUCUCUCAGAAAGCAGUUUUUCUAAUCCUCAGAUGAUGAGAGCUCGAUAUUUAAUGUAUCCUGGCUGGUAUGAAGGUAAAUACCGAGCUGGGUCUGUCUUCCCUCCAAUGGUUCAGAUCUGCGUAUGGUUCAGUCGUCCUCUAGAAAAAACACGAUUUGUGACCAAGUGUAAAGCGAUUAAGUCGUUGCUCAAGCCAAGUCCUUUUUCUGGAAACAUUUAUCACAUCAUGGGCAAAGUUAAAUUUUCAGAUUCCGAUAAGGUGAUUGAAGUCUGUCACAACACAUCAUCCAAUUCCCUAAGCCUGGUGCCUGUUCAGGAGGGUCCAACUCCUCCCGAGUCAAGAGGUGACACCAGAGAUUGCAGUAGUCAACAGGAGUUCUUCCUUGUGUUCGUUGGCUGCUCUCUCAAGGAAGAGGAUAUAAAAGACUGGCUCAGAGAAACUGCAAAACAGAAACCUCAAAGGAAAGCCCUGAAAACCAGAGGGAUGCUAACCCUUCAGGAAAUUAAAAACAUUCAUGUGAAACGCCACUUGGAUCCACUUCCAGCUGGUUAUUUUUACAAUGGGACUCAAUUUGUGAACUUUUUUGGUGACAAAAUGGAUUACCAUCCAUUGAUGGACCAGUUCAUGAAUGAUUACUUGGAAGAAGCCAACAGGGAAAUAGAGAAGUACAACAGAGAACUAGAAGAACAAGAAUAUCAUGAUCUCUUUGAGAAGAAGACAUAAGCCCAUGCGUUCGGUGUGUUUCUGAACCACUUAUUGUCAGUAACCAAAAAUGCUGUUGUCCUUGCUGGUUAACUAGAAAAUUAAGUGAAAUGUUAGUUUUCAACACUUCUUUUAAAACUAAGAGAUCAUUCCUGUAAGGUUGGCAUUUUAAUAUGGUAACUGCUUAGCUGUUUGUACUGUCAGGUUUGCUUCCACUUCACCUUAAUUCCAGACUGUAAAAAGCAUCACCUGGAAUCUCUGGCUAGUAGUGGAAACUUGUUUAAAAGAAGAAGGAGAAGAAGAAGAAGAAGAAGGAAAAAAGGCAAACUGUAUUUCCUACUAUGUACAAAUGUAAUUAUGGAAUUGGUCCGUCGUGCAGAUAAUCAAACCACUUUAAUCUCUAGGUGUCCCUCAAAAGUUGUUACACAGGAGCAUUGAUAAGCAGUGGUAUUCUUCCGUCAGUGGGAUUGGGGGGUGUUCCUAAAGGGAGAAAUGGGGUAACAUUUGAUAAACUUGGACAAGUACCUAAUCCUACAGCAGUUGGGGUGUUCCCAAAGCGAGAAAUGGGGGAACAAUUGAGAAACUCAGAUGAGUACCUAAUCCUACGGCUGUUGGGGUGUUCCUAAAGCGAGAAAUGGGGGAACAAUUGAGAAACUCAGAUGAGUACCUAAUCCUACAGCUGUUGGGGUGUUCCUAAAGUGAGAAAUGGGGGAACAAUUGAGAAACUCAGAUGAGUACCUAAUCCUACAGCUGUUGGGGUGUUCCCAAAGCGAGAAAUGGGGGAACAAUUGAGAAACUCAGAUGAGUACCUAAUCCUACAGCUGUUGAGGUGUUCCCAAAGCAAGAAAGGGGGGAACAAUUGAGAAACUCAGAUGAGUACCUAAUCCUACAGCUGUUGGGGUGUUCCCAAAGCAAGAAAUGGGGGAACAAUUGAGAAACUCAGAUGAGUACCUAAUCCUACAGGUGUUGGGGUGUUCCCAAAGCGAGAAAUGGGGGAACAAUUGAGAAACUCAGAUGAGUACCUAAUCCUACAGCUGUUGGGGUGUUCCCAAAGUGAGAAAUGGGGGAACAAUUGAGAAACUCAGAUGAGUACCUAAUCCUACAGCUGUUGGGGUGUUCCCAAAGCGAGAAAUGGGGGAACAAUUGAGAAACUCAGAUGAGUACCUAAUCCUACAGCUGUUGGGGUGUUCCUAAAGUGAGAAAUGGGGGAACAAUUGAGAAACUCAGAUGAGUACCUAAUCCUACAGCUGUUGGGGUGUUCCUAAAGCAAGAAAUGGGGGAACAAUU